AUGACAACCGAAGGCGAAAGGACUUUAUUUACAGAGAACCUGCAGGAAACUGAUGAGAGGUCUCAGAAAGGUGAGCCUCACAACGUAAACAGAAAAUAUGAGAUUAACUGAAGAAAUGAAAAUAAAACUCACCAUUAAAUCAAGUUUUGAGUUUGCUUAAAUGGUAAAAGUGUCACCCUGAGUUAAUAUCAUAAAAAAGAAAGGUGUUUUUACUGAAAGCUCCGGUGUGAGUUCAGGUAAGAAGGAAGGAAGAGGACUUAGAGGAGGAGGAGGAGAAGAAGAAGAAGAAGAGGAAUGAGACGAAGAGGAGAAGAAGGAGAAGGAGGAGAAGAAAGAAUAGGAAGAGAAGAAAGAGGAGAAGGAGAAGAAGAGGAGGAGGAGGAGGAGAACAGGAAGAAGAUGAAGAGGGAGGAGACAAAGAAGAAGAAGAAGACAAAGAGGAGGAUAAGGAGGAGAAGAAGGAGGAGAAGAAGAAGGAGAAGAAAGAGGAGGAGGAGAACAGGAAGAAGAUGAAAAGGGAGGAGACAAAGAAGAAGAAGGCAGAGAGGAGAAGAAGAAGAAGGAGGAGGAGAAGAAGAAGGAAAAGAAAGGAAGAAAUAGAAGGAGGAAGAGGGGGAGGAGGAGGAGAGGAAGAUGAAGAAGGAGAAGAAGAAGAAGCUGCACCAUCUUCCUCCACUUGUUGUGAAUUGAUUGAUUGA